AGUGCCCACACAACUUUCACCACGCUCUUCAUCGACAAGAAGAACCAAGGGGAUGGGACGUGCGUCCGGAUGCCGUACGAUGACAAGACGGCAACCAACCCGGUCAAACCCAUCACAUCUUCAGACAUGGCUUGUGGUCGCAACGGUGGCGAUCCGGUGCCAUUCAUUUGUUCGGCAAAGAAAGGAUCUUUGCUCACCUUUGAAUUUCGCCUCUGGCCCGAUGCUCAGCAGCCCGGUAGCAUUGAUCCUGGCCACCUGGGUCCCUGCGCCGUGUACCUGAAGAAGGUUGACAACAUGUUCUCGGACAGCGCCGCCGGUGGCGGCUGGUUCAAGAUCUGGGAGGACGGCUACGACUCCAAGACGCAGAAAUGGUGCGUCGACCGCCUUGUCAAGAACAAUGGCCUGCUCUCCGUGAGGCUUCCCAGGGGACUGCCUGCGGGAUACUACAUCGUGAGGCCCGAGAUCCUCGCGCUGCACUGGGCUGCCCAUCGCGACGACCCGCAGUUCUACCUCGGUUGCGCCCAAAUCUUCGUCGACAGCGACGUACGUGGUCCGCUGGAGAUUCCUCGGAGACAGCAAGCGACUAUCCCUGGGUAUGUCAACGCCAAGACCCCAGGCCUCACGUUCGACAUCUACCAGGACAAGCUGCCUCCGUAUCCCAUGCCCGGCCCCAAGGUGUAUAUCCCCCCCGCGAAGGGGAACAAGCCCAAUCAGGACCUGAACGCGGGCCGGCUCGUCCAGACUGACGGCCUCAUCCCCAAGGACUGCUUGAUCAAGAAGGCAAACUGGUGCGGCAGGCCCGUCGAGCCGUACUCGAGCGCACGCAUGUGCUGGAGGGCCGUCAACGACUGCUACGCGCAGAGCAAGAAGUGCAGGGAGAGCUCUCCGCCCAUAGGGCUGACCAACUGCGACCGCUGGAGCGACCACUGCGGCAAGAUGGACGCGCUUUGCGAGCAGGAAAAGUACAAGGGGCCGCCC